GAUGUGGAAAAAAUAAAAUGCAAUGUUAACACUAGGAACAUGAUAGGUUCCUUUGGUCUUUUUCGUUUAUCUCUAUAAACAUUCACAAGCAAAACCCAGAAUUAAUUCAUUUUUGAAGUUAAUAAAACCCUCUGCAAUCCAUGGAUCCACAUCGAACACCAGAAGCAGCUCGACAGCCUCGUCCUCCGCCUCCUAACGGCGAUUUCUCUCCCAUUCUCACCGUAUUCCUCCUCUUCAUCGCCGUCAUCUCAGUUAUAGUGCUUCCUUCUGCAUCCUCAAGUUUUAAAAAUAGCUUAUCAAUCUUGCACCAAGUCCCAGAAGGUCAUGUUGGGGUGUAUUGGAGAGGAGGUGCCCUUCUGAAAACAAUUACAGAUCCAGGUUUUCAUCUAAAAAUGCCUCUGAUAACCCAUUAUGAGCCUGUUCAAGUGACACUUCAAACAGAUCAAGUGAGGGAUAUUCCAUGUGGUACCAAAGGGGGUGUCAUGAUUAAUUUUGAGAAGAUAGAGGUUGUUAACCGGCUUCAUAAGGAAUAUGUUUAUGAGACAUUGCUAAACUACGGGGUGCAAUAUGACCACACAUGGAUAUAUGACAAAAUUCACCAUGAAAUCAAUCAAUUUUGCAGCUCUCAUUCUCUCCAACAAGUCUACAUUGAUGUGUUUGACCAGAUUGAUGAAAAGAUGAAAGAUGCUCUUCAGGGUGAUUGCACACGUUAUGCUCCUGGAAUUGAAAUCAUAAGUGUACGUGUCACAAAGCCUGCAAUUCCUGAUAGCAUAAGAAGGAAUUUUGAGCAGAUGGAAGAAGAACGCACUAAGGUUUUGAUCGCUAUUGAAAGGCAGAAAGUAGUUGAGAAAGAGGCAGAGACAACGAAGAAGAUGGCUAUUAGUGAGGCUGAGAAGAAUGCCAAUGUCAGCAAGAUCCUUAUGGAACAGAAAUUGAUGGAGAAAGACAGUGAGAGGAGGCAGCAAGAAAUUGAGAAUCACAUGUACCUGGCUCAUGAAAAGAGCCUGGCAGAUGCUGCUUAUUACCGUGUGAUGAAAGAAGCUGAAGCAAACAAGUUAAAGCUUACCCCCGAAUUUCUUGAACUCAAAUUUAUUGAUGCUAUAGCUGAUAAUACAAAAAUUUUCUUUGGGGAGAAGGUACCCAAUAUGGUUCUUGACCAGAGGCUGCUGGGGAAUUUCCUUCAUAGGGUGUCCUCAAAGACUACUAGAGAUGAGAACAUGGAAGAGGGAUCAAGAGAGAGUUAAGAAAGCUUACACUAGGGCACCUCUUUGUAAUUACAAGAAAACUGAAUCUAAAAUCAUUAAUCUGUCCAUGAUUUAGGGUUAUUGGAUGUAUUUAAUAGUAGUAUUACAAAUUGGGGGAAAUAAUUAUUAGUUGUGUUGAUGGCCUACAUUUUUUGCCGUCAUGGUGGUUGUAGCCAAAUGCAAUUAAUACCGGUUGCCGUUACGAGAAAAUAAAAACCAGUCUACUCGUGUUUCUCAGACUAUGAAUUAUCUUGUUUAAUUUUCAUGCUAAAGUAUCAGUUGGAUGGAUUCUGUUUUUA